GCACCACUGGGUCCCACUAACUUUCAUGUUGCUACAAAAACGAGAACCAUCAAGAAGACGACGAACAACGACCUCUGCUCUCUCAUGAAAACAAUUCAACUGAUUCGUUCUUCUUCUUCUUCUAAUUCUCUCUAAUUCAAAUCUCUCAAGUUCAAAGAAGAAGUAGAAACACUCGAAGGGUUUUGUGAUGGAUCCAUGUCCAUUUGUACGGCUAACAAUAGAUUCACUAGCGUUGAGACUACCGGAGACAGCGACGAACAAGCAAAUCGGCGGCGAAGUACAUCCUUCUUCAACGCCGUGUUACUGCAAACUCCGGAUCAAACAUUUCCCUUCACAGAAAGCACUUCUCCCUCUCUCUUCCUUCUCCGACGCUUCGUCUCCGCCGGAAUCUUCCACUUCAGCUCCGGGAUUUCACCUCGACGCUGAAGCGAUCCGACGAGUUUCCGGUAAGAAGAUCUCACUCCGAGUCUCUGUUUACGCCGGUCGUACUGGUCACACUUGCGGCGUCGCUUCCGGGAAGCUUUUAGGAAAAGUCGAAGUAGCGGUGGAUCUCGCGGCGGCGUUGUCUAGAACCGUCGCGUUUCAUAACGGAUGGAAGAAACUCGGUGGUGAAGGAGAUAAACCGUCGGCUCGGUUACAUCUACUGGUUCGUGCUGAACCGGAUCCUCGGUUUGUAUUUCAAUUCGGAGGUGAACCGGAAUGUAGCCCUGUGGUUUACCAGAUUCAAGAUAAUCUUAAACAGCCCGUCUUCAGCUGCAAAUUCAGCUCCGAUCGCAACGGAAGAUCUCGGUCUCUACCAUCAGGAUUCACAUAUAGUAGUAGAGGAUGGAUUACAAGAACAUUAUCAGGUGACCAAUGGGAAAAGAAACAAGCGAGAGAACGUAAAGGUUGGAUGAUAACAAUCCAUGAUCUAUCGGGAUCACCAGUAGCAGCAGCAUCAAUGAUCACUCCUUUCGUGGCAUCUCCAGGGUCUGAUCGUGUUUCUAGAUCAAACCCUGGUGCGUGGCUAAUCCUUAGGCCUCAUGGGACUUGUGUCAGUAGCUGGAAACCAUGGGGACGUCUUGAGGCUUGGCGUGAGAGAGGAGCUAUUGAUGGACUAGGUUACAAGUUCGAGCUCGUGAGGGAUAAUAGUACUAGCACCGGCAUUCCUAUUGCAGAAGGGACAAUGAGCACAAAACAAGGAGGAAAGUUCAGCAUUGACAGGAGAGUCUCAGGCCAAGGUGAGUCGCCGGCUAUAUCAUCGCCGGUGAAAGGGUUCGUGAUGGGUUCGAGCGUCGAAGGAGAAGGUAAAGUGAGCAAGCCUGUGGUCCAUGUGGGAGCACAGCACGUGACUUGCAUGGCCGACGCAGCUCUCUUCGUCGCUCUAUCCGCAGCCGUUGAUCUUAGCGUGGACGCGUGUCAGCUCUUCUCGCGUAAGCUUCGUAAAGAGCUCUGUCACGACGACCAAAGCUCCCUCACGUGAAAAUAUGUAUCUCGGUGAAGACACAUACGUACAUUUUGACUUAACAAAGGCCGAUCCAUGAACCAAGAUUUCGGUUUUUCAUUUUUUCUAGGGAUCAAUUUGAUGGGAAAAAUUCGACAAAGCUGUACAGACAACAAUGAUCUUUGUGUUGUUUUGCAACUUUGUAUCAUAUUUAUUUAUUUUUUGAUUUUUUAAUAAGUUUCUCUCCAUAUGUGUGUGCUGAUUAUUUUCAUUAUUUCAUAUCUUCAUUCUUUUUAA